UGAGGUGAGGCUGUUGCGCAAAUGUUUCGAUAGCAGGAUUGUGGCCUUGCUGUGUACAGGAAGUACGCAAAUCACCAGUGCUUUAAAAUAAAAGCAACCGACAAGACCGUAGAUUAGUUAAAAGUUAGCCAAGCCAGUUCAACGUUGUUGUGGGAAUUCCAGAGGAAGAAAGAAUGUCUUUGAUUCUUUUGGCUCUACUGCUGAUGAGCUUUGGAGAUUGUGUGUACGGUAAAAGCCAACCAGUCACUCUUUACAUGAAGCAUCCUCAAGAACAGUUCUGUUCGGCAGAUUUUGGUGAGUGUCUUUGUUAACCUUCUUGUGUCCGAGGCAAUGUUUUGAACUGAACCCGGGACUGAAGUAAGCGGCUUGUCACGUUAUUUUAAAAUACCCAUGACAGGGUCAAUGGUCAAGGACUCGAAAGACGGAGAAAAUCAAAGAAAAAUGUCACAAAUGUCAGGAAAUGAAAAAUAAAGCAAAUGGGCACGAAUGACUGAUGCGGACAAUACACUGAAAGCAUCGUCUUUGUACCGUUAAUAAGAAAAAUUCCCGGAUAGUUUGCCGACUGUUUUUUCUCUUGUACGCAUUAAAAUGGAUUAAGUUUUUUUUUCUCUUGCACGCAAUAACAGGUCAUAACAUGGAUGAUAAUCCUUUUAUUUAGGAUCGGAGAACUAUUGGAAGAUUUUUGUUGAUCGUCCCUUUUCUCGGCCUGGAACCGAAGAGUUUCUUUUUCCGGAGGCCAGUAACAGCGAGCCAUUAUUUUCUAUUAGGUAAAAAACGAAAGAAAACUUUAAAAAGAAUACACGAGAAGUUCCUGCGGAACACGUAUUCCUUCACAGCGUGAGUUCAAAAAGGAUAUCUCGUGAUCUCGUCCUAGCGGAAGCUGAAUCACACACGCCCCCCGUCACACGCUGGACUAACUCGUGCUUCGAACCCCACUGUCGUCCAAAAUUUUCGGGACAAUUUUUCAUAAAGCUUAGAAAAGGAAGACAACGUUUCAUGAAAUUUCAACGAAUCUUUAAAAAACAUAAUGUAAAACAACCAGGAAAACAACUAAUUCUAGUAAAACAUUUUUUUUUCAACUGACGACUCGCAAGGCUGGCAAUCUUGGCCCUACUCCGACUGCUUCUUUGUAUCUCUAGGGUGUAGCUUACUCCCCGGGAAAACCUCCCAUAUAAGAGUAACGGGGGUAUGCUCCUAAAGGUGACCAAUCUGGGUGUGGCUUAGGUUUUAUUUGACCCUAAAGGAAGUCGUGAUCUACAAAACUUUGACGACAUUUGCCCUUUUAAGUAUGGAUACUUCCUUACGUACCACCCUAAGCGAUACCUUUACGGCAAAAAAAUGUUGGCUUCAGAUCCUAAGUGAGACCAAAAUCUGCAAUUUCCACCCCUCGUAUAAAGCGAGUUGACGAGCAUCCCGACCACUUUUAUCUGGAAGUACCACCCUCUUCCCCCGUAUUUUUUUAAUUGUACUUGCCCAUGGCAGAACAAACACACUAUGGUGAUGAACCUCUCCAUUUGAGCUGUGUGAAAGUUGAAAAGCAAUGUCCUGUCAAAUGUACCUUAACCAGUUUGUACUAAAUCGUGUCCAGUGUGAUGGGGCGGCUUGUUGGUGAAUCACGUACUAAUAUGACAAUAUGACGUUUGGCACCCCCUACAGCGCGCAAAGGUUUGGCAAGAACUAAAUUUGUGUUGGUGGUGUGAAACUUCGCUGAACGGAAGAACCAUCAGAAAUUUGAUGAAAUAUCAGGCGUCAACCUUACUUCCUUAUAUGGAUACGUUCUAUUUUGCAAAUAUUCUUCUUCAACUCCAGGCAUAUCAAAAAGUGAAAAUUUAUCUGGCCAGCCUCUCAUUUCUCCUUAAAAUAUCACUUCUCAAUCAUACAAUAAGGUUAUAAGAAGAAACGAUUUGAUCACCAAAGAAAAUAGACUGCGUCAGCAGACGCCGUUUUCGGCGUUUUUUCCACACGCCGAGAAAAUUAGAGAGCGACGUCUGUUUACGGCUGGAGAGAAGCGGAGGCCGGAAAUACGGCUGCUUUCGCAGGCUACAAAGAAAAGACUUCUCUUGAUUUAUGUUCUAUUUAUAUAAUAUAUUGCAACAUAUGGAAACAGCGAUUUCCUUUUUCCGAAGUUCGCAGCAUGGGCUGAAAUAUUGUAAACGUUGUCACUGCAACUUUAUCUUAUUACAAUUCACUCUUCUUUUCCUUUAUUCAGUUGUCCACGCCAAGGUGUUACCCAAAAACCACUCAGAAGACGGCGGAAAACAUAAGAUUCGCGUUUAUGAUCUUAAAAUCCUAGAAAUUUACAAAGGAGAAGACCUUCUCGAAAAUCAGACGAAAAAUGUUGAAGGCAACAGUUGUGGGAAAACCAAUUUGACCGUGGAAGUUUACGUUGAUAGGAAAGUGUUAAGAAGCGACGCCAAGACGGAAUACCUCCUGUCAGGACGAAUUAAAAAUGGAAAAUUUCACCUGAACGAAGGUAGCUGGAUUGAAGAAUGGACCAAUGUUACGCCCGCGUACAAACUAGGAAUCAGCGGAAUCUACGGGCAAAACUGCGAGUGUCAUAUUACUCCGUGCUUUGGAAGACCAGGAUGCAACAGGCCCCUUAAAGGAUGUGAUGUUACGCCACAAGGGCUGGGGUAUUUUUAUAGGGGCUGUGAAUGGCUCCAUUCUCAAUGUGUGAAGAACACAGAAAGAAACAAAUGUUACUGGAGUGAACCUGCUGAUUAUAUUGAAUGCAUUAACCAGCUGCCUUAGUGGGCAUUCUGAUUGUUUUUUGAGGGAAAUGAUGUUGAUUUGGGACAAAUAAAUUAGGGUAGAAAAGGUAUACAUAUAAACCAGUUAGUCUGGUAAUGGGAUCAGAGACAUCUUGUUGUGGUGUUGGACUAUCUGGUAUUUGUCUACUAAUUAUUCAAUUUUAACAACCCCCACAUCCAAUAUUUUCCAAUUCCCCCCCCCCCUUAAUUUUUAUACAUUAAAAAAAAAGCCCUAGGGACGAGGUUGAUAUUAUUUACAUCAUAUGUAAUUAUUGUUUUUCAUCCUAGUUAUAAAGAAGUGAUUCAAGGUUGUCAUAAUUUAAAAACCUAGGUGAACAACACAGUUGUCGUCAUAUUGUCAUAGUUUUCAAGUUCCACCAAGUAUGCAGUUGAUUAUUGGAUGCGUAUUUGAUGUAGGCGUUCAAAAAAAUUGUGACUCGAUGUCUGCUAUUUUAUUAAUUGUAUCCUCAUUUUGACUGUGACUAAUAAAAGCUAACUUGCGAUGUUUUGUCGUAAAAUAAGCAAAAUCAAUACAGUGGUAUUUAUACCCCUAUUGUAAUUGAAUCUCAUGGUGCGACCACCUCUACUAAGCAACCACUUAUAAAAAACACCAAAAUAUUCCCAGUGAUAAGGUUUAAAAAGAAUUCUGUCGAGCCGUUUGAGAAAUAUACAAUGAAGCGCUAAAAGUCAAAAUUUAGAAGUUAGUUGCACUCAGACAGGUGGUGGGAAAACAUGUUAGUUUUCAGGAUCAUAAUAAAGAAAAUGCACCAAAAUUUCCAUGCAACGAAUAUUACAUUAAGCAGCCUUCUGAUGCUAAUUGAGAUUAAUUUGAGUUAUUUAGAACGUUUUCAUUGAACAAUUCAUCACGGCUGUCGAAAAUAUAAGGUUUGAAAUAUAUUUACGUUUUAUUUGAAUUCAAACACACAGGAUUUUUUACUUCUCACAGAGGUUAUUUGCUAACACCACAUUUUAAGUUCCUGGUGUCGGAUUCUCAGUAGCAGGUCUAGAUCGAGCGAAAUUCGGAUUAAAUCGGCUUCAAGGUUUUUUGUUUAUUGUUGUCAUAGUGAUAUCGAUUUUACUAAAAACUGCAUUUUGACAAACUUCAAUUCAUAGUCAAUCACUGUUGAAAAUUUUGUGGUGAUCGGACAAGGAUAAAAUCACUUCUAAGGCGAUUGAAAAACAUCAGUAUCGUCUCCCAAAAACUGUAUCGAAACACCUUAUAAAAUUCUCAAGCUAUUCACUUUUAAUCAAGCAAAACGCGCCAUAUAAGCGUACACUGAAAAUUGACCCUGCAUCACCCAAUGACAUGAAUUCUCUUCCGCUGGCCCAAAUUACCAUCUGAUGUUUCUUGCGAUUAAAAACAUUUCAAUUGUUUAUGGAAACUGGUGUAUUUCGUUUUAAAUGCCGUCGUCUAAACUGUAAUCAGGAGCAG